GGAGUUUGGGGACACGCAGUCUGGAGGAGUUUGGGGAGACGCAUUGGUAGAGCUCACAGGGCCAUCUAGCUGGACCCCUUCAGGCUUGGUGUGUUUGAGAAAGGCGUUUAACGGCAAAUUCUGUUUCCGACACAAGACUGUUUGGACAUUCUCUAGCUUUUGAGUCCCUUUUAGUUUGCUUUCUGGGGACUGUCCCUUUCAUCAGCACUGUGAGUUUGUGGGAAGCCAGCUGUUUGCGCCUUCCCUCCGGCGUCUCCGCAGUGACGUCUCCUCCUUCCCCCUGAGGUUGCCACUUGGCUCGUCCCCCCCCAGUUGUUCUCGCUUCUCAGACAGCCUGUCUGUAUGGCCAUUGUGUUCCCUGGUGGUCUAAACGUAUGUCCUUAAUUUCCAAAAACACUUGGGAACCUUUUUUCACUAGAAGCUAGUUCAGAUUUCUAACUGGGUGAAAAGCGUUCAUUGAGUGGUUGUCUCUGCUUGCAAAUCAUCGCGACUCGCCUUAACUUUCAACGCAAAUUCCACCGUGGACUUGAGAAGAGUGUUCUGUUGUUACAGCGUCAGCUUGGGUCAGUUUGCCCCGGUGACACUCUGCGUCCUCAGGGUUUGGUCCGCCUGCGUAUCUGGUGGUGACUGACCGAAGCACUAGCGUCUCCCAGCUUUCCUUGUCCUCCCUUCGGGUUCCGGCAAUUUCUGCUCUCUGUAUUUUGAACCCAAGUUAGCAACUGUGACACACUUCACAAUUACUUUGUCUCCCUGACACAUCAACACGUCUUACCGUCAUUGUGUGUACUUUUUCACCUCUAGUAACGAUGGUUUCCUGCGAGUUAGCUUUGACACCAGCAUGCACGGGUUCCUCCGGUUAUUUGCACGCAAGCAUGGCCCCAUGCAUUCCCUUUCACGUGCCUCGCUCCUUUACUGGUCUGUUUAUAAACAGACGGUCUUUAAUCACAUGUGCCAGUUGUUGUCUUUAAGAGUUUUUGAUCAUUUACGUUUAGUGUAAUCGAGUCUAAAUCUGUGGCAGUCUUUUCCAGUCAGCCGGUCUCUAAACAACCCCAUUUCCAUUCAGAAAAUAGCUCAGUAACACCAGUGACAUCCUUAUUUAUUCUUUCUCUGACUGUUGUGGGACAGAGAGAGCCCCAGGGAGCGAAAUAACGCAGAGAGCCACACCUGCAGCUCGGCGCCCUGGGAAUUCUGCUUGUAACGCCAGCCGUCACCGUGGUGUUCCUCCCCGACCCCGACAGUGGCAACACCUACCGCGGCGGCGGCUCUCGCGUUCUUUAUUACUAAAGUACCGUGAACCUUCGCUUCCCAUUCCAGGGCUGUGACUCCCAGGUGAGCAUGUCGGAAAUGUCCUGCACCGAAAGCGCGACCUCGUGUCAGUCCCUGGAGCACGGCUCCGUCCCCGAGAUCCUCCUCGGCCUGCUGUACAACGCCACCACCGGGCGCCUGUCGGCCGAAGUGAUCAGAGGCAGCCACUUCAGGAACUUGGCGGCGAACAGGCCGCCCGAUGGACUGUUCUGUUGUCUAAAACACUUGAUAGGUGGACAGGUUUAUAUAAUCCGAGACACCUACGUCAAGCUGACGCUGCUCAACUCCAUGGGCCAGGAGAUGUCCACGUGCAAGACCUCGGUGCGCAGGGGGCAGCCCAACCCCGUGUACAAGGAGACCUUCGUCUUCCAGGUGGCCCUGUUCCAGCUCUCGGACGUCACGCUCAUCCUGUCGGUGUACAGCAGGCGCAGCAUGAAGCGGAAGGAGCUCAUCGGCUGGGUCUCCCUGGGCCUCAACAGCUCGGGCCAGGGGGAGCUCAGCCACUGGGCGGAGAUGAAGGAGCGCCGCGGCCAGCAGGUGUGCCGCUGGCACGCGCUGCUGGAGUCCUGACCGCGCCCGCG